GCAGUGUGUGUUGCAGGUGCUGUGUGUGUGUCUGUCAGCAGACAGCAGGUUGCGGACAGUUUCAGAGUGUGUGUCUGUCCUCACGUCCAUGUCCGACCACCAGACACUGGUUCAGCAGCUCUGCUCUCAACAUGACCCGUGUGUUUUGCUGAAGUUGUUCCAGUUCAUCAGAACCAGACCCGACAACGAGGCAACACACAUAGACUGGAUUCUGCUCGACCUGCAGGUGAUUCGUUUGCUGAGCAGACUGAUGACUCAGAGAGCAGAGAGCUGGACUACCAAUCAGCAUAGCACCUGUCAGUGUUACACUGAGUUGGUUCAGACAGUGGUGAUUGUUUUCCAUCGUCAGUGGUUGGAUCUUCGUAGUACCCAGGAGCCAAGGGACUCAACAGUCCUGGCCCCAUCUCCGCAGCAGUGCUCCGCCCCCUCACUGCGAUGGUGGCGUGGCCCGUCGGCAUCUCUGCUCAGAGAGUGUCUGCUGCUGCUGCACUGGCUGCUGCUGCAUCAUGGCAGCUUCUCAGAAAGCUGCAGGCCGCUGCUGCACAUGUAUGACCAGGUGAUCCCUGCUGUACGAGAAACCCUGAGGAAGAUCCCCGAGCUGAGCGAGAGCGAGGAGCUGGCGUUGGAAGAGAUCUGCCGCUCAGAGGGCGACGACACGGAUGACAUGGACACUGAUGCUGGCUCCUGAUUGACUGAGCAGACACAUGAGACAGUUUACUGACUGUUGAUUGAAACUGAGACGAGGACAGAACAGAGACUCAGUUUUCUGUAAAACUUUUCUGUGAUGAAGUGGAUGUUGGAAGGAAAUGAAUGAUUAGACUGAAGUGAUGGAUAGUCGCAGAAUUUGUUAUGCUGUCUGAUUCGAUUUAGCAAUAAAACAUGAAGGUUCUUUAAA